GCUUCAUUCGACAAUAGCGAACCGAUUAGUCGACAACUGUCCGUUGCAAAAUGAUAAAAAACCAGAUUUAAAAUGAAACUAACAUUACUGACUGUUUGUUUUAUUAUUAGAGUGAGUUUGAGUGACGAAGUGUUGAAGUGCUGUUCAGAAGAGGAAGUUCUAGAUAAAAAAGAAGAAGUAUUCGAAUGCAUUCCAGAUGUAACUGAACAAUUUCAGUUAAACACAAAUAAAACGGGAGUUUUGGCUAAUUUAACCGAUGGGGGGUGCUACGAUUUGUACAAUGAUCGAUUAAUUUAUUUGGACGUUGAAAAAAACGAAAUAGUUUUUAUGGAAAAACCGGUUUUUCCGAAGUGUUGUCCUUUGAAGUAUGUUUAUAAUACGGUAUUACAUUCUUGUAUGAAACAAGAGGAUUCGGUUAAUAGUUUUAUUAAUGAAAGUUUAGUUAAAGUCGGUUUACGUAAAUGUAAAACUAUUAUUGAUUUGAAAUUCGAUUUUUUCGAUAGCAUAAAAUCUAUAAAUAGAUCUGUCGAUGAUUUUUGUGUGGAUCAAACUGAAUAUGACGGUUUCGUGUUGAGGGAAUGUCGAAUUGGUUUCGAUAUAUGUGAUGAGUUGAAAUGUAUUAGAAAAUGUUGUCCCGAUGGGCAGAGUUACGUGAACGGGGCGAAAUGUGAAAAUACUUACGAACACGGUACGAAUUUGAGUCGAUUUAGUGAUAUAGUGGAAAACCACGAAGAAAAUUUUGCGAUUAUUCACAAUCGUACAUGCCCCCAUAUACAUAUGGUGAAUCCCGACUCUAAUAUUACCAUCCACAAGAACGGAAGCUUCACCGAACGGUCAAAAAAAGGAGUUAGGACAUCCGACGUUAAAAAUAUGAAUUCUUAUUGCAUGGAACACCUCCAAAGGGGAUCUAAGAGAGACUAUUACAUUUUCCAAUGUUUCCCUGAAGACGAGAAUAGUUUAACCAAGUUCGAUUACAGAAUUUGGCCUUUUAUAUUAUCGACCGUACUACUAAUUUUGACGAUUUUGGUUUAUGUUUUCAUAAAAGAAUGGAAGAAGAUGUUCGGGAAGAUUUUGAUCAAUUAUUGUAUGGCUUCGUUGUGCGUUUUCAUUUUUUUGCUUAUAGCACAAUCUAAAACAACUCCCACCGAGACUGAGUGUCAGUUUAGAGCUUUCUCUAUAAUCUUCUUUGCAAUAGCUCAGUUUUCUUGGGCGAAUGUUAUGAGUUUUGAAAUCUGGGUAACAUUUGGAACCACCAGGAUAUAUCUAGGAUCAAGCCAAAAAGAAAAAGAACUGAAGAAAUUCAUAUUCUACAGUCUAUAUGGCUGGGGUGGACCUUUAUUAAUAACUCUAACGAUAUUAUUAUUUACGAAAUGGAAAGUUUUACCUUACACCAUCCAGCCACUUAUAGGAGAAAAAAAAUGUUUCUUUGAUAUCAGAUUAGGUAAUUAUGCCAAAUUGGUAUUCAUGAACAUCCCUUUAUUGAUAAUUCAAACGAUAAACAUGGUUUUUUUCAUAAAAACUGUACUUUAUUGUGUAAAAGUACGAACUGAAAUUAAUAAAAGAAAUGAUAGCAAGAUGACGAAUUCCGCAAAGAAAUUCAGCAAAGACAGACAAAGGUUAUUUCUCAUCAUAAAACUGUCAGUAGUGAUGGGUAUUGGUUUAAUAUUCGAAGUAAUAACAGCGUUCUUUGACAUGAGUGAAUUAGGCACGGUUCCAAAGUAUAUCGAAAUUAUUUUUGAUUUGUACAAUGCUUUACAAGGAGUUUUUAUUUUUAUUAUUUUCAUCUGUAAGAAGAAAGUUUUUUUUGCUCUGUUACAUAAAUAUAAUUUUUUUGGCAUGGCUUACACUCACAGCACGUCUUCUAUCCGAACCCAUUCGUCGAUAACGUCAAACGGACUUGCUUUAACUAGCGUUCCCAAAUAAAUAAAAAAUUGUUAUUUUUAUAUAUAAUAUGUCAUAUAUACGUACUUAUCGUGUUUAUUUAUCAAAUACAAAUUUUAUAAAA